CAGAGAACAUACGGUAACAGACCUGCUCUCAGGCUACCCAGGAUAGUGUUACCAGAUUGUGCUGUCGGUCGCCUGUAUUCCUGGGCGUUGGGGUAUGGAGAGAUUUUAGCUCUAACUUGACUGUCCAGCUCUAGACGCCAUGGCGGACUUGGAUCAAACAAUCGCCAUUCUUACUACGACGUUGUUGAUAUUUUUAGGUAUCCAGACAUGCAUCCUCCAAGUCCUCAACUUCAGCCACACGAGCAACAACUCCGCCAUGGAACCCUACAUCAUACAGCCCAACAUCGCCGUCUCCCUCGUCGUCCUUAUUGUCGUCCUCAUUUUCAUUGUACCUGGCGUGACCGCCCUAGUAGCUAACAUGAAGAAAUCCCCCACCACGCGUUUAGUUCACCUGGUCAUCCUCUCACUGGCCAGUGCGGGGCUGCUGGCGGUCUUGUGCCAAGAUAUGUGGACAUUGAACCAGGUUGGAAACUCGUACGCCUGCACUGUACAGACUGUCCAGGUUCAGUCUACCCAGCUGUGUACAGCGCGAGACACCAGGAUCAGCAACUUUGUACUCAUGCUGCUCGGGCUCAUCAUCCUCGUCGCCAACCUCAUCUACACCGGCCUAGUCUUCUGCAAGAGCCAAGUCAGUGAGAGAGGUGAUUGAGUGAGAGAAGAAAAUGAGUGACAUGGUUCCACAAGAUUGGCAUGAAACGACCACAGACAUCUGUAAAUUAUCACCACCCACACCUUGCACGUCGCACAACGUCAUCACGGGGGAUAUCGUCAUGGUUGUCAUGGUUGUGCACAACAUUAACUGAGAUAUAGCAAAUUUUGUUUGAUGUGUUAAACCAGGUUGUCGAAUUUCACACCAUUUGGGUACUUCACUGUAUACCAUCUGUGACAGUGCAUACAUUCAUCAUUUCAAAUCUUCGAAACAGGUAGAAAUACCUGCAUCUAAUUUUGUAAGAAAUAUCAGCAUGAUUACAAUCUUGUUUAUGUACAAGGUAUGUCAAUUGCAUGUCAGUCACCUUGAAGCGGAUCGGGUUUGUUUGGGUAUUUUCUUACUAUCAUGUAUAGUCUGUUUGCAGUGAAAACGUACCGAUGAAUUUCACUUUAAACAAAAAGUAAAUCAACUAAAGUGAAAUUAAUGUUGCGAAUCGUCAUAAUUUUACCUUGCCAAUUGAACAUUUA